ACUGUCAUGACAAAAAGAAAGCUGACUUUUGGCUGUUUCCUCUGUUCUCUGCCAUGGAAAGACAGAAGUCGAAGCUUGCAAAGAAUAAUAACAUCUCCGAUGAUGUAAGAACAAGCGGAGAAGGUUCGAUUCCGCUUGAUCUCAUCCCAGAGAUACUCAAAGAUCUGCCUGUUAAAACCCUAGCAAGAUUCCUUUGCGUAUCAAAGCCCUGGUCAUCUAUUAUUCGCAACCGAGAUUUUGUUAAAUCGUACUUGAUCAAGUCGACGAAUCAUCCUCAAGGUCUCAUCUUCACAUUCAAGAGCAAACGUCACGGUAAACACGUCUUCUUCUCCUCGUCGAGUCAACGCCAAGAUGGAGGAGGUGAAUCAUCAUUGUCUUGCGCAGAAAGUUACCAUAUGAAAUGCCAUUCUCAACCCUACACAGCCAUUACUCCAUCUGUCCACGGUUUGAUUUGCUAUGGACCUCCUUCUAAGCUCAUGGUGUACAACCCUAGCACUAGACGGUCCAUUGCUUUGCCUAAUGUCGAUGCUCACAGGCUACGUAUGUACCACUACUUGGGUUAUGAUCCCAUCGGUGGUGACUACAAAAUGUUGUGUAUGAGUAGAGGCAUGCAUGCUCGCAGGGGACGUGGCUUAGCCCACAAGAUUCAAGUUUUAACAUUGGUAAAUGGGAGUUCGUGGAGGAUGAUUGAAGAUAGUCCUCCUCCUCACUCUCCUGAAUCACCUCAUAUAUGUAUAGAUGGUGUUUUAUACUAUGGAGGGUAUUUGGACACAAGUACUCGUCUCCUUCGUAAAGACCAUGUAGUCAUGAGUUUUGAUGUUAGGUCUGAAAAAUUUGAUAUGAUCAAAGUACCAACAGAAAGAGCAACAAGGUUUACAAGAAUGACGAGAUACAAUGGGAAGCUUGCUCUCAUGUUCACUGGAUAUGGUGGAUUUGGUUGUGGUUACUCUGGCUAUAUCGAGUUGUGGGUUUUAGAGGAUGCUGCAAGACAUGAAUGGUCCAAUAAGAAUUUCGUUUUGCCUAGAUUAGCUUCCAGGGAUACCUUGUUUCAAGUAUUCUGUGCCAUUGAUGGUUCAGGCGAGUUUGUUUUGGCACCAGAAACCUUGCGUCCACCAACGUUUUAUGUUUUGUAUUAUGAUCCUAACAACAAUAGCAUGAGAAGAGUCGACAUUGAAGGGAUCGCAGAUAAGAAGCUUCAGUUUUGGGAUGAUGACUCGGAUCGUCGUACAAUUUCUAUCUUCCCUGGUCAUGUUGAGAAUCUCUCGUUUCUCUAAGAGUGCUCCUGGCAAUCCUUUUCUUUAUCGGUGUUUUUUUACCUUUUUUGUUGAAAAAAGAUUAAUAUCUUUCUUUAUGUGAUGUUUGUGAAAUGGGUUUCAUCUAGUAUAUCUGGUCUGUUUUUGGGUCAAUGUCUUUAGCUUCAGGACCACGUAAGUAGACAAAUACACCUCAAUUUGUUUCAUAUACGAUCGAUAACUCUUUUCCACCAAAGCCAUUUUCGAAUAUAUCAUUUUUGAUACAUUCCCACCAAUGAUAUCACCCCGUUUGUUUGAUUCAAAGUUAGAAUAAGAGACUUUUGAUGAAUCGAAAAAAACAAAAGGAUGAGUUUAAAUUAGGGCUAUAUAUAUAUUAUUUACUUUGACUAUUGCAAUGUGCUCAACUCCAUCAAGCAAUGACUUAAAGCAAUAAAAUGGUCCCAACAUUGUCGCCAGCAUCUCUUUUUUCUUUUGGUACCCUACCAAACGAAGUUUAAUCGAAAUCAAUGAGGAAAACAUCAGAAACUUAUAAGUUAGAGUUGUUCAUAACAUUAGUAGCUGACCUUGAAGUAUUGUAUUAUACCUGAUAAUCUUUUUUCAAAAUGUCCCUGUUAAAAAGUUAAAUUUGUAAAUGUAAUAACAGUGUUUUUUAGUUUUACCUCGGAUAAAUGUUACUUUUAGAUCCGC